ACAAUGUGCCGGCAUUCUAGUUCUUUCGUUUUAAUGCGCUCCGACUGCUUUGCCCGCACUAGCUUAGCAUCACCGUAGGCAUGCAGCUUAAAAGGGGCUGACCGUGUCUGCCAAUGUCUAUGUAUUUCCCCUACUAAUAAAGCGGAAGCACAACAACUUGUUGCGCUUGUAUCGUCAUCGUCAGGAUGUCGCAGGUGGAGGUGAGCGAGGGCAGCGUGGAGGUGCCAUGCUGCACGUCGCCACUCUUCUUCAGACAAAGUCGACCGUCCUCAGGAGACGCCAAGAUGUCCGUUUUGCUUCUUCACGGCCGCCGCUUCUCCUCGGAAAACUGGCUCAGCGUCGGCACUCUGCACGCGCUGGCCAAUGCCGGCUACCGAGCCGUCGCCGUCGACCUUCCAGGACUGGGCCGCUCCAGCUCAGCCGAGGCGCCGGCGGCCGUGGGCGAGCUGGCCCCCGCUGCGUUCCUGACGGACGUGUGCGAGCGACUGCGGCUGAGCCCCGUGGUGCUGAUCAGCCCGUCACUCAGCGGCAUGUAUUCGCUCCCCUUCCUGCUGCAACAGCAGCACCUGCUGCGCGGCUACAUCCCCGUCGCACCCGUCUGCACCGACAAGAUCAGCGCCCAACAGUACCGCAGCGUCAAGGUGCCGACGCUGAUCGUCUACGGCGACGGUGACACUGAGCUGGGGCAGGCGUCGCUUAGCAACCUGAGUCAGCUGGCCAAUCACAGCGUGGCGGUGAUGAAAGGGGCAGGGCACGCCUGCUACCUGGACGACCCGGACGCAUGGCAUCGGCUACUCAUGGACUUCCUCGCUAAACUCUGAGAUGCCGGGGACAGCCUUACCGCGUUGUUGUUGUCAAAACAGGUGGAGGGCCCUUUUCUGUAGCGCGCCACUGUCAUUUCCUCGCACGGGUUCUCCUCCAUGACUGGAAAUAAGCGAUGAAGGAAAAAGAGCAGAGAUUUUCUCCACAUCAACGACAUCAUCGCACCAGAGGAUACACUCCUCCUCCUCCUGGGACAGCGUUUCGAUCUUGCAGCUGUUGCAGGGCAUCUUCUCGGCCACCACGAACAACAGGUUGGUGUUGUUUAUCCUCUUGGCGUGGAUCAGCCUGCACAGAGACGACACUGCACUUUAUCAAGUCAUGUCGUUCUUGACGGUGUGUGUGUGUGUGUGUGUGUGUGUGUUUAUAUGUGCACCUGGAGCAGUUGCCACAGUCCUGCAGCAUGUUGAAGGAGCUGCUCAGGUUGCUCAGGUAGUACUGAGUCUGGAUCAUGACACAGCUCCGAUCCUUGGAGUCCAGUCCUUCGGCCUCCACCUUAUCUGCACGCACACAAACAUGAAUCUAUACAAUUACCGACAAAAAGUUACACAUACAGUGAACACUCGGUACUUCGCGGUUCGACUAUCGCAAAUUCAUGACUUUUACAGUGAAAUUUUGCAUGCUGUUUUUUACAGCGUAUAAACUCGCAUUGUAUUCUGCGUCCUGAUUGGCUACGGUACUGUAGACCAAUUUGAAUCCAUCUCCUCCGUGCCAUGCCUCCUGUACAGCUCAGAAUGCGUUCGGCUUGCUAAAUUUAAGUGUGAGUGUUCGAUUGCUAGCAGUGUGACUGUAAAGUGCCUCCUGUUUGCAAGUUUUCUCCCAGACAUAACCAACAAUCUUCUCGCCCUGAGGAAAAAAGAGCGGCAACAACUACCUAUUAACUAUGUUCUUCUCUCGGGAAAAGACAGUGGAAAAGGACGCUACAGCGGAGCAGCGUCGGGGACGGUCAGAGGAAGCGUGAAACACGCGCGAGUCACAAUGAAUAAUUUCUCAUGUUUCCAACCUGAGACUAUGUCUUUGGGCUGGCUCGGGAACGCUUCGGGAUCCCCCCGGAAGAGCUGGAUGAAGUGGCUGGGGAGAGGGAAGUCUGGGCGUCCCUGCUAAAGCUACUGCCCCCGCGACCCGACCUCGGAUAAGCGGUAGAAAAUGGAUGGAUGGAUGUUUCCAACCUCAUAACCUUGUUCAUUAAAAUUAAAUGUAUUAUUUCUAAAAA